CGUGUUACAAAUCGAAUCUCACGCCUGUGUGUGAGAGUAAGCUUGCUUGGUAGCUAUUGGGGUACUGUUGUAUUAUUUUCGACCCAGGCACUGCUGUGUCAGCUCUGCAACAACUAUGAUUAUCAAAUCAGCUUCACUGUUGUUGCUUUUAAUAAUUGCAAGCAUAGUAACAACACAAGAAGCGUUAGGUUCGGUAGAGAUUAGUGACGAAACAUGGAGAGAUAUGGAGAAAGGAGAGUGGCUGGUAAAAUUUUAUGCCCCAUGGUGUCCAGCUUGCAGGAGUCUUGAACCGAUUUGGAAUAAAAUUGCCAGAAAGGGCAAAGAUUUAGAUAUCAGUGUUGGUGAGGUGGAUGUGACGGCCUACCCAGGUCUCAGUGGCAGGUUUGUGAUAACAGCCCUGCCAACAAUUUAUCAUGUCAUUAAUGGAGAGUACCGGAAAUACCAAGGAGGUAGAACAGAAGAUGACAUUAUUCAGUUUAUCCAAGAAAGAAAAUAUAUUGACCUUGAACCAGUACCUGGCUGGUACGCCCCAGGGUCAUUCAUAAUGUCGAUUUUGUCUUGGCUUUUUAAAAUAUCCAUGACUGUAAGAGUCAUCCACACAGUUUUAACAGAGGACUACGGGAUACCGCCAUGGAGUUCCUACACUUUGUUUGCUCUCUUGACAAUUGCUAUUGGAUUAUUCCUUGGCUUGAUACUAGUCCUCAUCUCUGAUUGCAUCUGUCCAUCAAAAGCGCCAAAAGAGCCAGCGCAAACCACACCACCGGCACAGGACACCGAGCAAGAUAAGGAAAAGAAAACUGGCAAGGAUAAAAAAGGGAAACGACAAAAUAAGAAUGGAGAAAAGAAAGAAGAGAAAAGCAAGGAAGGGACAGAAGGGACUGAGUUACGUCAGCGAACAACUGAGGAGAGUUAAUAGACGAAGUAAUAAUGCAGGUUUUUAUUUGCAAUAUGUUGGUCAUUUUUUUUAGCAUUUCUUUUCUAUAGAAUUUUUAAGGGAACAAACUUAAAUAACUUGAAAAUUUGCCAAUUUAAUUAGUUCAUUAUAUUGCUGAAUACACUUGUGUUAACCCGUUCCAGUUUGUGUCACUACCAUAGUGUGUGGCUGCAGACAUUUUUAUAAACAAUCGCUUACCAACAUCAAUUGUGCUCUUUUACUGGGAUCAGCCAUUACAGUAUAUUUUUACUUUGAACUUUGACCCAAUACAUCAGGCAGCAAUUACAUCAUUUACAAAAGUUGUUGAGGUCAGCAGAGCACAGAUUAAUAUGGAAUAGUGAGGAGCCAGAACAGUGAGACUUGGCGUGUGCUUUACAACGGCAAGGAAAAGGUGCAUUAUAAAUGUCUGUACCAGAAACGUCUCCCCACGUUUAAGUUGAUGGUACAGUAGAUUAGGGUGUCUUAUGACUGGAAGGGGUUAAAUAAUAUGUAUUUAUGUUGUGUUAAGAUGAUAAAAUCAUGACAAAAACUGGUGAAAAAUGGUGGACACAACAUAAAAUUUGCUCUAGUUGGAUGCAUACACAAGAGUGAUUCCAUACCAACUCAACCAAUUUUCUUUGUGUUUCCUUGGUAACCAUUUCAGAUGUUGAUGAAACUUUAACCAAAUAUACAUUAAGGAGUGUAUUUAAACAUCCUUAGUUUUAGUGGAAAUUUCAAAAUAGUUUUAGCGCCUUCUAUUUUUAAUGUCACACCACUUUUUUCACACACACUUGAGUAUCGUCUCAAUGCUUUGGAGCAUUAUUGAAAGCAUGGUUUUCUAAAUAUGACUGGAAACUGAAAAUUGCUGAAAAAAAUCUUAAAAGGUGGUCACUUGUAACCACUGGUAGAUUUGGCAUAAAUUAAUCACAAGUAUUUUUUACUAGUACAUGGUACCAGAUUGAUGAUAAAGUAUAUUCUCAACACCAUUAUUAAAAGUAGAAUAAUCAAUUUAUAUUUUUAAACAGUUACAGCCUUUUCAAUUAAACAGUAUGUUCAGGAUUAACGAAAUAAUCAAGAUACAGUAUGAAAAUAGAUUUUUUUACAAUCCUAAUGGCAAUUUUAAUUGAUUGAUAAUUAUAAAGGGCUUCGUAUUUGGUCUCUAUGCCCUUAAAAAGUGAAAAAGCACAGGGGUUGGGGGUCAAUAAAUAUAUUUACAGCAUAUUAGUAAAAUAAACAAAAAAUAGUAAAUACAUGCAAAGUGGUAAAUCCAAUUUCUGUCUUCAUAACAUUUAUUUAUACAGUUAUCAGGGUAUAAAGGAUCUGAGAUUUGUUUAAAUUUAGUUUGUUACCAAGUUCACUAACUCAAGAAUUAUUGAUAGAGUGAAAGCUUUUUGAGGUAAUAUACAUCUCGUCUUCCAUUGGUAUCAUUUAUAUAGACAGAAAGCCUUCCAAAGUCUCACUAGAAAACUAGGGGAUAUCCUAGUGAAUCCUUGUAAGCUGAUUUUCGAGACAUUUUUAUGCAGAAAAAAAAAAAGGAGAAAAAAGCUGGCAAAAAUAGUUUUAUAAAAUUUGUAGACCUGCAUGUAAUUUCAUUAAUGAUUUGUGUUAAUGUAAGCUAAGUAUUAUUACCUUCAAAAGCCUCACAAUUUCCCCAAGGUUUUUCACCAGUCUCACAAUGAUCAUUAAUCGUAAAUUGAUCUUGCACAACGAUCUAGUCCUACUGAUGUCACAAAGUCUCACAAUUACCACAAUUUUUAAAUUGAUAUCACACAAUUUGUUGAUGUCAGUCUCACAAUGAUCAUAAAUCUUAAAUUGAUCUCACACAAUUAGUCCUACUCAUGUCACAAAGACUCAAAAUGAUCACAAAUCUUAAAUUAAUCCACAAUUAGUUCAUGUUGCACAGUCUCACAAUGAUCAUAAAUCUUAAAUUGAUCUCACACAAUAAGUCAUACUGAUGUCACAAUUCUCAUGAUGAUCACAAAUCUUAAAUUGAGCUCAUGCAGUUAAUUCUAAUGAUGUCACAAAAUUUCACAGUAAGUCUUAACUUGCCUCCCAGAAUUCUUCAGUGACCUCACAAAGAAUAUAGUAAUAAUUCAAAUUGGAAAUCAAAAAUUUGGGGUGGGACACACAGUGCAGCCCUUCCCAACUUAACUACAACACCUAACGGGCACAUACAGAUACAAACAUUGUCCUUAACCAGCCUAACACUCAAUAUGAUGGUUAUUUGAGGAGCAAAGUAAUCAGGCUCCAAUUAAAAACCCAAUGCUGGUCGGGUUCUGAACCGGGGUGUACAGCACAAGAAGCAGGAACAAUACCGCUUGCCAACUGCUCAGCAGGUCAAAGCCUCUCAAUGAUCACAUGCCCUACUAGCCUUCCACAGUUCCGCAGUGUUCAAAAGUUCCACUGGCAAAUUCCCUUCCUCAUAACUUACUGAAUAGAUAUAGAUAAAUAAAGCUUGUUUCUGUAUGAUGCAUGCAUAGUAUUACAGUUUAUUUAUUUUCGUAAAUAUAAAUACUGUUUUAAAUUUUAAUUCUGAAUAUUAUGCUAAACUAUUUCCAGUACUCUUUGUAUCGGGCUUGUUGUUCUAUUUACAUUCCAUUGACUUAAUAUAUUUUUCAAAUGUCCUAUUAAGAGAAUUUGGUUUAAGUGAUAUUUUGUAAUUUGGUUAAGUAUCAGUUAAUGUAGAUAAGAGAUCUGUUUAUGGUAUUUUAAUAUAGGUGGCUUACCCACAUGUUAGCAUGUAUGGAAAGCCAAAUCUGCCAAAUAUAUGUUAACAACUCAUACAACAAAAACUCAAACCAUGCUUUCGAACGUAAGUUAAACCAUUCAUUCAAAAAGCAAAUCUGAUCAAACAUCAAACACAUUCAUUCAAAAAUUUUGUUUUCAGUGUAUGGGUUGAUUAACAUAUUUUUUGGUAGAAUUGGCUUUCCAUAAGCAUGACCUUCAUCAUUGCCCAUCACAGGGGUGAAGGGUGCAUGUAUUUGCAUUAGGAUGAAUUUGGGCUUGCUUGGAUCAUGUGUAAACAAUGAGAUUGCCACAUUAAUAUGUCUGAAAUUUAGGAAAGUUUCUUCAAAUUUAAUUUUCUUUUAUCGAUUACUUUUUAGGAAUAUUUUUUUUCAAUUUAUGGUGAUUACAUUGAUUUCUUUUGUUUCUUAAGAUAAAUAAUUUCUAUUUAUAUCUUUAUUUCCCAGUUCCUUUGCACCAGAAAACUUGAAUAAUGUAAUGGGACUUUUUUCCAAAUCCUUCCAAACAAUAGACUCAUGGUUCUUCUGCAAGUAAUUCUAUGCAAAAAUAUAAUCUUGAAUUUGUCAAAUAAACUCCUUGUUUCAUGUUAAGAGCUGAAAUUGAAGUUUUGAACAAAUUGUUGGUUCAAAUGCUUUGUCUAUUUAAAUUUCUAUCACAUGAAUGUUGUAUUAUGCUGCUUGUAACCUAAGCUGAUAUUAGAAAAUCAGUUAAGGUAAUCCUACAAGAUAAGUAUUAGAUGAUAAUGCAUCAGGAUCAUAGAGAUAUAGGUUGUCUGGAGUGUGGUCUCCUCAUUAAAUUGGUCCUUUUUGAAACUUCCUCUGUGAUUUAUGGUUAUGCACCAAUACACGGUCAUACAGUGGUGUACUUAGGAGUCUAGAAAAUGGGGAGGUGGUCAUGUGGGUCUCAAAGUGAAGGGGGAAAUCCAUGGUUAAGUGAGAAGAAGCUAGCUCGCAGAAUCAAGUGAUAUGACGUGAUUUUUAACUACUUUAGUGUAUUUUUUUUUUGCUUCAAACAUAUAUUGUUGGCGGGGGUGAUUGGGGGGGAGGGGGUGAACAAACUUUUUUUGGGAGUGGAAACCCACCCCCAUUGAGCUUGCCCAUGUUUUGUCAUUAUACACCUCCUAGUGCAGCAUUGAUAUGACACUGGAAAUUAUGGCACUUUUACUGUCUCCAUGGCUACCUAUCUCAUAUUCAAUCAAGCAACUCCAUCGCACACUUUAGUUUAGAAUACUUAUAACUAUGUGAUCAGAACAAGCCACCUCCUUCCAUUUUGUUCGCAAAUUUAUUUGUCACCACUGCACUGUAUCAACUAUUUCUAUUUUUUAUCAGAAAGUAAAAUGAAUCAUACUUACAAAAUUAAAUGUACUUAGUGUCUUCAAAUUAUUAUAAUAAACCAACUUCUGCUCUUACUUUAAACUUUUUCAAGUUUCAUAAAAAUAAAUUGAUAAAAGACAAA